CUCCCCUUUUCUCUCUCCCUUUUCUCUCUCCCUUUUCUAUCUCUUUCUAUCCGUCUGUUAUCUCUCUUUUUCUCGUCUUCCGUGCCAUCCUUCGAAGAAAAUCUAUCGGAGAAACGAAGAGUGUGUUCGAGUCUUCCACGAAGUACGAAGAAGAAGCCUUCUUCUCACAGCAUCCGGUUGCUCCUUCGUUUUCUUUUGCCCCAACCUUGACGAGGACUUUUUUAGAUUACUACUUGGAUCUCGAUCGAUGCGGAAGGCAACGUUGAGGUAUCGGCGUUGGUAGGUCGACAAAGUGAUCGCCAAGUGGAACGAAGAGAAGGAAAAAGAUAGAAAGAGGUAGAGGAGGGUGUACAGCUUCGAACAAAGUAUCAAAUAGAAGAAAGAAAGAGAAAGGAAUCUCUCUUUCUCUCUCUCUCACACACACACACACAAUCAUGACUGGCUUCGGAAAGGACGACAGAUCUGUUGUAGCGCGAUCUUAGGUCGAUCUAUCGAUCAAGCAAAGACAAUCGAGAUCAACGUAGUAAUGUUAGCUGUUAAGACGAGGUCGGAAGUGGUUGGUUACGAUACGAGAAGAUAAAUUGAUCGUAUCUCGCGAAAUAUACGCGUGCACUUAUAUACAUAAUAGAUAUAUACACACGUACGUAUAUAGAGAGAUACGUUUUGCAAAAUCUAGAAAGAAAGAAAAAGAAAGAAGAAGAACAAGAAGAAGAAGAAGCUUAAAUAUCAACGUUGUGUCUGGUGUUUUAUCCAAGGAAGAAAAGAAGAAAAAAAAGGAUUAAAUUGGUGCGUGCGUACGCGCGCGCGCGCGCUUGUUUUGUCGUGCUGUUUCGCACGCGAAGUUAACGGGGGACCGAAGUCAAAGGCGGCCGACACUGUGGAGGGUACUUAACGAGCAAGGCGAGCCGCUGACGGCUCAGUCGUCGUCGGCGGACGGUUCGCGUAGGAGCAGCCCCAAUUGACAUUCCAUAUGCAUCGCAAUCGACACUGACACAAGGACUAACGUCAACGUGGUUCCUUCGUUGUGGCGACGGUGCUCGGCCUUCGUGUUGUCGGUGGCAGUGGUGGGUGGUGGUGGUGUUGGUGGAGGAGGAUAUCGGUGGAUAAAAAUGUUAAGGUGAAGUUGAAAUCAUUUUCGUCGUCGUCGUCGUCGUCGUUGUUGUCAUCAUUAUCAUCGUUAUCGUCAUCGGUUACCGCGCUGGUCGUGGAGCUGAUUUUAUCGCUGCUGCUGCUACUAUAGCUAAAGUGUUUUGUAGUGCUAUUAGUGUUAUAUCGGUGAAGUGACAGCUACGAGCUAUCAUGUGUACUCGAAGGAUUUUUGGACUUGCGUGUCUGGCUCUUCUGGUGACUCUUCGCGACAGAGUCGGAGCUUAUACCAAUCAGUGGGCUGCUCACAUCGAAGGAGGACCGGAAGUAGCUAGAAAAGUUGCCGAGGAUCAUGGCUUUCAAUAUCUUGCUGAGAUAUUCGAUGGUUGGUAUCAUCUCGAGCAUCGAUCAGUGAUGAAGAGAUCGAUUGAUCCACACAUGGAAGUACAUUCCAGACUGAUGAGAGAUUCAAGAGUUCGUCGAGCAGAACAGCAACGAGCAAAGUCGCGAAGUAAACGGGAUUUAAUAAUUAAACGCGGUCCGUCCAAUUCGCAAGUUAUUUUAAAUGACGAGAGAUGGCCUCAAAUGUGGUACCUGAACAGGGGAAACGGUUUGGACAUGAACGUGCAAAACGCUUGGGCCGAAGGAAUCACCGGAAGCGGCGUCGUAGUCACGAUUCUCGAUGAUGGCUUGGAAAAGGAUCAUCCUGACCUUUACAAGAAUUACGAUCCCCAGGCGAGUUACGAUGUUAAUAGUCACGACGAGGAUCCAAUGCCAAGGUACGAUCUUGUGGAUAGCAAUCGACACGGUACCAGGUGUGCUGGAGAGGUUGCAGCGACUGCUAACAAUACUGUCUGUGCGGUUGGUGUUGCUUUUGGAGCAGGUGUCGGUGGCGUUCGAAUGUUAGACGGUGACGUAACAGAUGCCGUUGAAGCCAGAUCACUCAGCUUAAAUCCACAGCAUAUCGAUAUUUACAGUGCUUCGUGGGGUCCUGAUGAUGAUGGCAAAACAGUCGACGGUCCUGGCGAAUUGGCAACAAGAGCCUUCAUCGAGGGAAUAACAAAGGGACGCAAUGGGAAGGGUUCGAUCUUCGUGUGGGCCUCUGGUAAUGGUGGUAGAGACCAUGAUAACUGUAAUUGCGAUGGCUACACCAACAGCAUAUGGACUUUGUCCAUCAGCAGUGCAACUGAGAAUGGAUUGGUGCCUUGGUAUAGUGAAGCUUGCUCUUCUACCCUCGCAACGACCUACAGUUCUGGUUCGACUGGUGAGAAACAAGUAGUCACCACGGAUCUUCAUCAUCAAUGUACGAGCAGCCAUACUGGAACUUCGGCAUCGGCACCUUUAGCAGCUGGCAUAUGCGCACUUGCAUUAGAAGCAAAUCGAGAACUCACGUGGAGAGAUAUGCAACAUAUCGUCGUGAGAACAGCCAAACCGGCCAAUCUCAAGGCACCCGAUUGGGUUACCAAUGGUGUCGGCAGAAACGUGAGUCACAGUUUCGGAUAUGGAUUGAUGGAUGCCACAGCAAUGGUACGUCUGGCUAGAAGAUGGAGGAGAGUUCCUGAACAACACAAAUGUGAAGUAUCCGCCCCUCAUUCGGGCAGGCCAAUACCACCGAAGAGUCAAUUGGUUCUCGAUUUACAUGUUAAGGAAUGCAGCGGAGUUAAUUUUCUCGAACACGUACAGGCGAAGGUGUCACUGAUGGCUUCGAGAAGGGGGGAUCUUCAGAUACAACUAACCUCUCCUCAGGGUACAAAGAGCACUCUACUAGCGAAAAGGCCACACGACGUCUCGAAGGCUGGUUUCAAUCAAUGGCCAUUUAUGUCGGUUCACACGUGGGGCGAGAGACCACAUGGUACGUGGAAACUCGAAAUUCACAACGAGGGUCGAUAUUUCGGCCGUGCGACGCUACACGAAUGGGCGUUAAUCUUCUACGGGACAUCGACGUUACCAGAUCGUACGGAAUAUGCGCUUUACAAUCCUGCCAGUAUGAGUAUACCACGAAGACCGUUCGUUAAACCGCGAGAAACUACGUUCACCAAGACUCAAAAUUCCUUGACGGCAUCUUCUAAAGGCAAACAAUCACAGCAUAAAGCUGAAAAGACAGGUAGCCUGAGUCCACCGUAUGUGGUCAAUGCUCAACUACAAUCACAAAGGAAGAACAAGGUCCGAGGACAACACAAGAACGGGAAAUCCGCAAAUCGUCCAACUCCCAGACCAACGGUACAAACUUUAAGGGGAUUGACGUCUAUAAGAGGUCCUGCCAUAGCCGGAGAAGUUCGAUUGAUCACGUUUAGACCAAGGGGAAGGAGUACACCAAGCCCUGUCACUACUACUACGACAACUGUUCGGACUAGUCCAUCUCCCAGAAUAAAAACUACAACUGUCUUAACCACUAGACAAAAAAUCAUCGAACCGGUCACCAUCUCGUCACCGCUUCAGAGAGGUUUGAUCCUGAUGGAGCCAGCUGCCAAAGCAGCCACCAAUAAAGUACCAGCGAUCUUUCAACAAUAUCCCAAAAUCCAACAGCUUUAUCCUCUUUAUCCUGUUUAUGCUGGUGCUCGUGGAGCUGGGCAACAACACGCGACUAGAGCUAAGGGAUUGGACUUAUUACAAGACGAACAAUUCGAUCCUAGGAAUCUACAGUUCGAUAAGGAUACUCUUGAGGAAUGGAAACUGGUGUUUUAUGGUACCGAGACAUCCUUGGAAUCGAAUGAGGACUUGGACAAGGAUAAACCAAGCUUGACGAAUGUUCCACCGGAGGAAAUCCAAGACAAUACGGCUACUGACGCAAGGCAGAACGUGGUAGACACAGAAGGUGAUCCUUGGACUGGUAGCCAACAAGUAGAACGAGUCUCUCAUCCUGAGGUACAAAAACCAACAACGGAAAACCAGACUAGCGGAUGCACUAAUCUCAAUGGAGGAAAUGGCAGGUGCCUAGAAUGUAAAUCCAACUGGUACCAAUAUGAGGAUGAAUGCUGGGAAAAAUGUCCGAUAGGAAGUUAUGCCAUCAUAGAGGAAUCCAGUAGCAGAAAGGUAUGCGGGAACUGUCACUACUCCUGUCUGACCUGUUCCGGAGCAACCGAUGGUGAAUGCACAACCUGUCACUCCGAUUCCAAACUAUUGACAAAUUUCGGCGAGUCCCAGUGCGUUCUUCAGAAUUUGGCCUGGCGAUUCGAGUCAACAAUCUGGUUUUAUUGGUUCACCGUUAUCUUCUCGAUCAAUUUGAUGAUCGUUGUCAUCGCGACGAUUUACGUAGCCGUCAAAUGGUGCAUCAAGAAGCAUCAUUCUUCGGCAUAUGAUUACAGUAAGGUCGCUUAUUCGAGCAAUGGCGACGCCCGGAAGGUACAACUAAACGAUUGCAUUUCUGAUAGCGAGUAAAACGCGACCGCGAGAGAUGCAAAUUUCAUUAUCCCUGGAACCCCAUGGAAGUAGUCUGUCUGCUUUCCAGUAGGGACACGAUCGACCGUUUUAAUGGAAAUGAAGAGAACGAGAUGGACGUGGAAUUAGAGAAUAUCUGUUGGAUCCUAUUCCAUGAUAACGAACGUUGGAUAUUCGUUAACCGAUAAGAACAGGGAUAAUAACAUGAAAUGUAUUUAUUUUCUGACCGACGUGAUCGUAAAACAUUCCAACUUGUGUCUAAUUACGUCGACAGUCUUUACUAUAAUAAUUGAUCUCUGAUAAAAGAUUUUUUUAUAGUCCAAUGAUCGUUUUAUUACGAUUAUGUAUGUAUUAUGUAUUAUGUGCAUAUAAGUGUGAUGCAACAAAGGGGAAUGCAGAGGCUUGUUCUUUUUUUUUGUUGUUGUUGUUAUCCUUUUACUAUCAACGAAUACGUGACACGUCGUUAAUAUUUUAUUUGUUUAUUUAUAAUGAUAAAUUACUACUCGCGUAUUCAAAAAAAGGUUCAAAGAGUCUUCUUUAACGGUAUUGAUUAUAUUACUAUAAACACGGUCUCAAAUGAACCAAUAGAAAAAUUUGUUCAAUAUUGUGAUCGAUUAUUACAAGUUCGAUUUAUUACAUAAUUUUUUGAAGUAAGAUUUUGACUGCAUAAGAAUAAAACUAACGAAAUUUAAUAUAAAAUUAAGCGGUAUAUCGUUUCUCUAUGAACGUUUAUAUAUGAUAUAAAUAUAUAGGUAUAUAUUUAAUAAUAAUGUACGAAAAUACUGUAAAUAUAUUGCUAAGAAAAACUAAGAUUUUUCUAGUGCUUUACACCUAAGUAAUGUGAUAUAUCAUGUUACUGUUAAAUAAUUUCACACUAUUAUAUUAUAUUUGUAUUAAUUAUAACUAUAUUAUUGUUCUUUGUUACCACAAAUGUACAUGUUCCAUGCAAUAAGAAUUUUGCGGGUGUUAAUUGUUUUUGUUAUAUGUGAUGAAAGAUAAAAUACAAGUGAAAAACAAGUAUUUCGAUUA